AUGAACUUCCAGGCAGCAGCUAACCCGAUGUCCUCUCAGGAACAUGUUAUGUGGUCUCUUCCCAGGGAGCAAUACCGCAGCAAUGUGAACUCACUGCGGGAGCUGGCUGCCAUUCUACCGGUGCCUCCUCAGAAACGGGAGAAGCGUCUCACAAAGAAGGAGGUUCUGAACCAGGUUUUGCGUUACAUCGCAUUUCUCAACAGGCACAUAAACAAUGCUAAAUCCCUCCUGAAGAAUCAUUCUGUGGAGAUAGAUGAAGAUGAAUGGAAACAGAUGCUGAAAUCACGCCGCUGCCUUUACAGUGAGCCAGCCUGUUAUGAUGACUACCCACGAUCAGAGAUCCAGCAUGAGGUCGACCUAACGUGGCAAGGAACAUCUCUAGAUACCUCAUCUUCCAGCUUAUGUUCACAGGACAACACAGACAAGCCCCAUGGCCGUACUUUGUAUCUUACUUUGGUGGAGGUGGCUGAUUCAAGAGAUCUUGAAGAAUCCAGCCUCAGCAACUUGGGGAAGCACGAGAUGCAUAAUGGCACAAAAUACUCUCCUGAAAAUGAGAGAAAGAUGAAUUUCAGUCACGAUUCCAACUUAUACAACCCACCAGUCAGCCCUCCAUGCCCAAGUCUGAAGGAUCAGAAGCUGGUUCACUACCUCUCGUCCCAUGAUGAAGACGAUGAGGUUGACCGGAGUCCCUGGCUUCCACAGGAGUCCCCUCGAGGAGCAGCAGAGGUUCGUUCUCCAGUCAGUGACUCUCUAAUGACAUCAGGACUUCAGGCUUCACUUGGAUUGAGUCCUUCUCUCUUUUCAUCUCCGGGGCGGCAUGUUCAACUUCUACAAGACGGAAAGGAAAACCUGACUCAAGCCUUGUUUGGAACUGUGUGCCUUAGCCCUGAAUUCCCAGUGACCAGGCCUGGAGACUUGAAGCUGCCGAACACGUGUCAACCCCAGCAAUUACCCAGCAGUUACUGGAAUGCUUCUUUAAAGGAUGAUCCAGAUCAAACCGUGCCAGAAACUCCACUGAUCACCUCCGACUCAUUCCAGUCGACCUUCAUCUUCGACCACUGCUACCUCCCGUACAGUGAAACAAGUAGAUCUGACUCCAGCCAGGCCGAUAGUACAUCUUCAGGGGAGAACUCGUGCCAGAUCUGCCCAAGCUCAGAGAAAUGGGACAGACAUCUUCUGCAGGAGGACAGUGAUGAGAGUGAGCACUGGCUCUCCUCCAGUGACGACAUUGAGGAUAAUGAUAUCACCUGGACACCGUACUACAGGGGAAAGCUUUCACAGCUGACCGCUUCCAGCAAGCUGAAGCGUAACAAGAACAUCAGCCAAGGCAAACACCCCAGGAUACGCAGGAAGCGGUGCUGCACUCUCCAGCUCAAGAAGAAAUGUGUCAAUGGCUUCAUCAUGUUCUGCCGUGUUAACAGGAGGCUGUAUAUCAGUGACCAUCCCGGAACUGCUUCUACAGUUGCUACCAAAGCUUUAGCACACGUCUGGCGUACCAUGUCAAAGAAUGAACGCCGGCCAUACUGCAUCAAAGCCCGCGAAUUCAGCAAAAUGAAUAACCGCAUUGUGAGGCUGGAUAGCUCAUCGAGUGAAGAGAAGGAAGAGGUGGAAAUGCCUGAACCCCUCCACCUCCUGUAAGACAUUUCCCUUCUCUGAGGCACACAAGAGCACAGUGCUGUUCUGAAACGGAGAAGGGUGUCCCACCCGAGCAACACAAGAUCAUUAAUGAGUCGCUUGAGUUGGGGAGGCCUGGUAUACUCAAAAGUUCAGCAAACUCACCAAUGUCUAACUUAGAUCUCCAAGACCAGUCUGAAAUCUGGAAAAUCAUUGUGAAAUAGAAUUUUUGUCAAUGGUUAAAUAUCGAACAACAUCGACCUGCAUGUUAGGAAAAAUUGAAGACAUUGACAGUGGUGCUAAAGUUCAAGUAAAUGAUGGUACUCCCAAAGAAGUGCAUAACUGUAGCAGUGUACAGUCCAGCAGAAAUUGAAUUUUGAAGCCGUCUUUCUUACUACUUGGUAGAACUUUGAACUUAUGCAGUGUAUGUCAAGCUUGGCUUGUGUUGGUAUUAAUUGGAGCUUUUAUCUUGGCUUAUACACACUUAGCACACUUUCACAUCAGCAGCCUGACAUCAAACUGCAGGCUCUGUCUCUGGGCAGCAUUCUUACCUCUGAGUCAGAAGGUUGUGGGUUCCAGUCUCAUUCCAGAAACUGGAACACAGAUAACAAGGCUGACAUGGGAAAUCAAUCCAACCCAAAAAAAUGUGUUAUAUUGAGGGAGUGCUGCAUUGUUAGAAGUGCUGACUUUUGAUGAGAGGUUAAACUGAAAUCCUGUCUGCUUUUGCAUGUAAAGUAACAGUGGCUUUGUUUGAAAAAAAAUGCAUGGCUAUUAUUCCUGUUUCCUAUCCAAUAUUUAUCCCACAGCUAAUAUCAUUAAAAUCGAUCAUCUAAUCCUUAUCUUAGUGGUGUUUGUGGGAGCACAAAUUAGCUACUAUAUUUCAACAGUGACUGCACUUUCUGGACUGUUCUAGGACUGUGAAAGACAUAUGAAAGACAUUAAAGAAAUGCAAGUUAUUUUCUUUUCCAACUGUACACAAAAGAAGUUGGAUAAUUGCAGUCUCCUUAUAUGACAAGCAAUGACAUCAUCUCCUUAAAAUUCCUUGUGGUCUCUUGGAUUCCAACCAAAUGGACUUUUUUAUUGACUGCAGUGAUCCAACCUGAUGGAACCUUUGGGCAUUCUUCUGCCUUUUCCUUGUGGACGUCACCUCUGGCUUUGCACUAAGGUUGGGGCUGGUGUGUCAGUAACCAGGGUGGAAGUUUUACUCGGUGCCCGAUCAUGCUUUACUCGACACAGAAGUAUUUGGUUCUGGCUCCAAGUGACCAAAGCAAAAUAGUAUUCUGUUCACAUAUUUAUUGUACGCAAAGUUUGCAGCUAAAAGUAUUGUUUGAACUCUGAAACAAAAAAUGCACACUGACUGCAGGAAAUUCAAUAAUCCUUUGAUAAGAAUCAGUUCUGAUUCUUAUCAGAAGACAUCACUGACCAUUUCUGUGAACAGUGUUGUUUGCAGUUAAUAUUAAAAAGUGCAUGUAACUCAGUGCUUUAAUUAACUGGCCAGUAAACAGUACACAUUGAGGAUAAUUUAUACUGUAGUUGGUACACUGGCCAUCAUUCAGGCACUUUAAUUUUGCAGGAGUGCAGUUGAGAGCGAGUGCGUGUGUCUCUCAUCGUCAGCUGCAUAGAUCAAUGCAAAUCACUUCAUCCAGCAUGUUCUGCCUUAUUCUUCUGUCAGACCAAUAUUUCAUAGUGACUUGUCAGCAUAUUGUACUUGUGCUGUAACAGGAGAAAAUGGUUAUUCAGAGCAGCUUCACUUUAAGAUUGGCCCACUGCCUUUACACAGUGGUUUGAUGUUACUGGCCCACCCCACGCACCACUUUGCCAUAAGCCCCACGAGGAGCCAAGACUGACAUAGAAAAGGGACAGAUUGGCUGAAUGCAGAAACAAAAACACCACAGCACCUUUGUUAUAGAUUCAGCCACUCCUGAAUUAGCAAUGAAUGUCCUACAACUCCAAUAUAUACUUCCUAAAUGGAAAGUAUGAACUUUAACUAUUUGGUAAUUUCAAUGAGAUAUUUUUAUCAAUCCAGCAUAUAAAAUUCAUAUUUAUAUAAACUGCCUCACAAAAUACCUCAGGCUCUCUUAAUUACUUUGAAGUGCUGUCACUGUUGUUAUGCAGAGGUACUGAACCAUUUGGUGGUAUGACAAGAUUCUUUCUGCUAACGAGAUGUUUGCUUCAACCAAAGAGGAGGAGGAGCAUCAGCAACUGCUUGCUUUUUCUUUUCAAGAGUGCAAGUAACUUUUACAUAGCCAUAAACAGUCUAGUUUUAGCAUUUCAUGCACAGGACCUCUCUGACAAUGCAGAACUCCUUCCCUAUUCCAUGGCCACCCUAUCUUCAGUAAUGCACCUAAGUGCUGGAGUUGGUUUCUUCCAUGGGGAAUGUGGCUGGCCACCUGGCUGAAUUUACACAGGGACUCAGCUGUGUCAAAUAACUAUCACUGAAGAUUAUUUAUUGGCUGCUUCUAAAUGCCCCUAAUUGAAUGGUUUCCACAGCCAAUUCAGAGGGUAGCUAAGACACACCCACAUUGUUAUGGUGCUAGGGUCUUACAAAGUCCAAACUAGGGAAGCACACUUGGUUUCCUUCCUUAAAGGUUGUUGUGAGCCACUUUGAUUUUUAUGGUUGUUUUCACUGAGACCAGUAUUUUUGUCCCAUUCUUGCACCGUAUUGCUGUGGCGUGAUAAUGCCCUGAGUCACUGAUGUAGCUUGAGUUCCAACAGGUGCAUUUAGUGUCACUGCAUAGGACGAUGACAGAGCAAUAAUAAGAGCCACGCUAGGAGCAAUCUCAUUGCAUGUUAUCCAUGUUCUUGCCCAAGUGGAUGCCACACAGAAGUAAAACAUAAUUAUGGAGGUGCAGAGUUGUGGAGAGCACGUGCAACUGGCCUGGUUUUAUUGUCAGCUUUUACAAUCCACUCCACUGGGAGACUUGUUUCUUUUGUUCCACUACUAACUUCAGUGUUAAGGUAACUAAGUUUCAUAAUUGAUUGCACUUUGGAUAGUUGAGGAAAUAACAUCAUUAUUACUAUUGUUUG